ACGGCUCAAGUAGCGGGUCAAAAGACAGGAGGACGGAAAUACGUCCCCCGGCCCCGUCCUCUCUCUCGAACUGUCUCUCUGUUUCGCUCUCAUCUACCAUUCUAUAUAUCUAUACCCCUACCGCUCAACCCAAUUUUCCCGGAAAAUAAACCACCAAUUUUUCUUUCACGUUCUCGACAACCAAACACGCAUAAAACGUCUAUUAAAAAAAAAAAAGGCAAUUUCCAAUUCUCUCUUCCUCCAAACGGUUCUACUCCUUUAUUCUCUUUUCCUUUACUCUGUUCUGCUAAACCACUUUUUUCUCUCACUUUCUCGACAAACAAACACCUAGAAAAUCCUUACAAAAGGAAAAUUCCUACAGUUUCUCUUUCUAACGAGUCUAUCCUUACGAAUUGUUCUCGUCUCCCUUCGUUUCUCUCUCUCGAUAGUCAUUCUAAAACCGCUGUUUUGUUUUCCCUCACUUUCUGGACAAACAAACACAUAAUUAAGCGGUAGAAAUGGCGAAUUUACUGUAGUUUCUAUUCAUUCGACGAAUUAUCCCACUAAUUAUGUCUCUCUAGGAUUUUCCUUUUUCGCUGCGCUGUUCAAAUUCGCUAUUAAUGUCGACGGAAGCCUCCGGUGAGUCCCACGCACCGCUGCUCCGGCCACGCCAGGGCGACGAGCCUUCCGAGCCGGUGAUCUCUCCCGCCCGCCCGGUCACGCUGGCGGCGCUGCUGGGGAGGGCGACGGGGCGGCGCGGCGCGUCGAUGCUGGUACGGGAGACGGCGGCGCGUGAGCUGGAGGAGCGACGCGCAGACUGGGGGUACUCGAAGCCGGUGGUGGCUUUGGACAUGAUGUGGAACACGGCCUUCGUGGUGGUGUCAAUGGCGAUGCUCGUAAUCACGGCGAACGAGAGGCCGAACACGCCGAUCCGUGUCUGGAUUUGCGGUUAUGCUCUCCAGUGCAUUGUUCAUGUUGCGCUGGUUUCUCUCGAAUAUCGGAGGAGGAAUGCUCGGAGACGGAGGAGCCAGGAGUCGCCGGGAAGAUUCGAUGCUGCAAACGACACCGAGGAGGAGGACGAGGUCGAGAGGAAUUCAGAGAGUUCUGGUCAAUCCAGUUUCACAAAACGAUGCGAGUCAGUGAAUACAAUGGUGUCGUUUCUUUGGUGGAUAGUUGGCUUCUAUUGGGUAGUCUCCGGCGGCAAUGUCCUUCUACAAAAUGCUCCUAGAUUGUACUGGUUGACUGUGGUUUUUCUGGCAUUUGAUGUCUUGUUUGCCGUAUUUUGUGUUGUUUUGGCAUGUUUGAUUGGAGUUGCCCUCUGUUGCUGUUUGCCGUGCAUUAUUGCAAUUCUUUAUGCUGUUGCAGGGCAGGAAGGUGCAUCAGAAGCAGACCUCCGUUUUCUUCCACAAUAUAGAUUCCGAAUAUCUAGUGAUGAUGAAAAGCCUAGCUUGGGAGAAGGAACUAUGGUUCCCGUGGAAACAAGCAGCAGAUACUUAGCAACCGAACGUAUUCUUUUACCAGAGGAUGCGGAGUGCUGUAUAUGUCUCAGCUCAUAUGAAGAUGGAGCAGAACUCCAUGCCCUCCCCUGCAACCAUCAUUUUCAUUCCGCAUGUAUAGUAAAAUGGCUCACGAUGAAUGCAACAUGUCCACUCUGCAAGUACAACAUUCUCAAAGGAAGUGAACAGGUAUAGAGGCGUAAUAACAACCUGCCGAUAGUCGGUAUCGUCUUCCACUAUGUGUAGUGUACAGAAAAUGUCAAGACAAAUAGCAUUUCAUAUAUUUACUUUUAUUGAGUCACAGAAUGUAGUGAAACUGAGCCUCGUAUUGAUUCUUCGCACCCGUGCAGAAUUGCAGCAA